GACUCGCGGGACCAAGCAGGAUACCAGUUGUCAAGCAUUCGCCUUUUCCUCUCCUCGGUCCUUGGCGCUGACGCAGCCGCAGCUGCUCAGCGCGCAUCAGGUGAGCUGCCGGUAUUGACGGCACUUGCAGGCGGCGGCGCAGCUGGGGCAAUGUUGCGUCAACUCCUCGUGCUACUCCAGCAUCCCGAUACGGACGUGGAGGAAGCCAUCAAAUUCUUGGAAUCAGCGUUCUGCGCAGAAGCAUCCUGGGGCUCCGACAGACCGUGGGCAACAGCUGCAGAAGCGGCCAUACUCGUGCUGCUUCGCAAGAACUGUUCAGCAGUGGCAGCUAACAUAGCUGCGGGCUUGAAAGUUGUCGAGGAGGAAUUCGAUCGGGCAGUUGCAGCAGAAAGCAAAGCCUUGCAACGUGCUUAUUGUGAAGUCGCCCGUCUUCGCUCAGCUGUGGCCUUUCUACUCUCGCGGUUCACCGGAUUCGCAGUCGAGGAGACUGGGUCCGCUGAUGGGCUACAGCAGGCGAUCCUGUCCCUUGAUCAAAGCAUCAAAGGGUAUGUGGAAGAAGGUUUCGACCUGGGAUGCCCCAACUUUGACCGGCCCAAGCAGUCUUGGUCGGUGCCGUACUCUCACUGGUGGGUGUACCGUGUACAUAGAGUGAGCAACGACUUUGGCUUGUGCAGCUGA